UGUAAACACUUCUGUAGUUUCCUCAUUCAGCUCAGUUUGUUGAGGAAGCUAACAUGAUGCUAGCGUUUAUUUCACAUGCGAAGAGUUUAGCAGCAUAGGUUAUUAAUCCUAGUAAGGCAGGAAGGGGUUAUUUAGAGCUUUACAAGUCUGCAUCGCCUUACUGUCGUAAAACUAAUCUUAGCUUGACGCUAGUUGUAAGUUGCUAGCUAGUGUUAAGUGUAGUUGCUUAACAGAAAAGCAUUUUACUGUGGUUUUGUUUUUAUGCUUGAAGCUCACCUUGCUGUGUGCCACAAUGGUGCUUUCCUUGGUAAGUAUUUGUGCCAAGGAAGUAGUGAGUGACCACAGCUCGUCUCCGUGUUGGCUGAGGUGGGUGCCCAGGGAGCUGUACAGAGCCCUGCUGGAGGCCGCCUUCAGCAGCUGCAGACCGCUGGCUGUGGGUGAACUGGUGCAGCGGUGGCCUGAACGCACUCUGCGGGUCGGAGGACGGAGAAAACAGGGGCAAACUCCGCCAAAUCGACUAUGUAUCCAGGCUCUUUUGUUAGCAGUUGUCAGAGGACUUUCAGACCACAGGUGUGCUUUGCAAUUCUUGGACCUCUGUGGACUUCAAGGUGAUGAGGGAGGGAUGGGAGACCCAAUGGGUGGCUGGUCUUUGACUGUCGCUCUCUGCACUAUGGUUGUACAGGCCAAAGCUGGAGCACAGAGGGCACAGAAGAGAGAAGGAGAGCGGGAAAGGAAAAGGUUCUCAGCUUUACAGAGAGAAAGGGAUGUGAAAAGAGAGAGAGGACAGAGGAAGCUGGGGUUGGAAAUAGUGGAUAGCAAGGAAAGAAACCACAAAGAGGGGACAGGAUCAUCUGUUGUAAUAGGUGAAGAGGAGCUGAUUAAGGGUGUGAGGAGGAGGAUGGAGAUGGAGAGGAAGAGAGAAGGUGCACUGACUGAUGAAGGAAGCAGCAGUAACGACAGUGAAGAAAAAGAUGGAGUCAGUGAUGUGUCCUUGCAUGUGAGGGCUGAUCUUUUUGUCAAUGCCCGCUCGUGGGAGCGAGUUCGCGUGGCUCUGAACACACACGGCCCCCUCAAACUUCAGUGUAGAUACCUUCGUGUGGAGGAAAUUUCUGUGUCAAGUAUCAAAACCCUGUUGGACCUUCUGCCAAGACAGGGUCUUCUGGGGGUGGAUGUCAGAUACAGCAGCCUCGGAGUGGCUGGUUUAGCUGAGCUGCUGCCUCUCCUCUCGACCUUCCCUACACUGAACUCCCUUCGCCUGCAUUACUGUAAUUUAGAUUUUCAUAGAGACCAUCAUGGACAGGAAGAGGCGCUUAGGGACUUGUCACAGGGUCUGACACAUCUCCAACACCUGCAGCGACUCAGCCUCACUGCACUGCGCCUGCCUGGACAACUUCGUGUCCUGCUCAGCUCACUGUCUCAGCCUCUGGAAAUCUUGGAACUCCCAUACCUGAGCCUGAGCCCAGCUGACCUGGCCUAUCUGUCUUGCAGCCAUCAUGCCAACACACUGCAGCAGCUGGAUCUGAGUGAAAACCGUCUGGAUGAAACCACGCUGCCAUCUGUUCGUCGCCUCCUAUUCCAGGCUUCCAGCAGCCUGCAACACCUUUCUUUAAGUGGCUGUGGCCUCACUGACGGCCUGCUGGGGCUCCUGCUGCCCUCACUGGGAGGCUGCCGGUCCCUUAAGAGCUUGGCUCUGGCUCUCAACCCGCUCUCCACGGCUGGUCUGUUGGACUUGGUGAGGACCGCUGCAAGGAUGUCCUCCCUCCGUCAGCUACUGUACCCUAACCCGCUGGAGGACUACCAGCCAGGCCUCCCAGAGCUUCCCUCAAGUGCCCAGCUCUUAGACUGGCCUCUGGAUGAAACCACAGAAAUCAAUGCUACUAGUACCCAACUCAACAGGGUGCUACUACACAGUGGGCGCUCUGACCUCUUCCUCACAUGUGACCUACUCAAUUAUGAUAAAGACUUAUUGGACUAGUGCAAGUGUGGAAUUUAUCGUCCACUCACCGACAAGGCAGAGUAAUGUAGAGGACAAUCACCUGGUCACCCCAAAGAUAACCUUGUAUUGUUAUCCUUUUCUAUUUUCUUAAUAAUUGCUGUGUAUUUUAUGUGAGGAGUAGAAUGCUUUUUUUGUGCUUUCCUCCAUUAUGAGUGAAAAAGUCGGACAGUAUCGUAAGACAGCAUGUACUAAAUUCAGAUAAGGUGGCAGAGUUUGCAAUAGGGUUUCUUUCUUUAGGACUGGAGAGGGAUCUCAUAUCUGUCCAAUGUUAUACUUUAAUCAAGAGGUGCUAUAUUACUGUACUGUAAUGAGUUUUGUGUGUCUUUCCCAAACAUGAGUUACUACUUGAGGUUGGUUGAAUAUUACAGCCUGACGUCUUAUGUGCCUUUAUAUUUAUCAGCUAUUACAUGUACUGCAUUGUAUUUGAUUAGUGGUUAGUAGUAUUGUGUUUUGAAUGUGCUAAAUAUUUGCAUAUCACAGAUAAAGAAUGUAAUGCAAAUAUUAAGGUUUAAUUAGAGACAGCUCUCUUAAACCUAAAAAAAAUCAUCUUUCAUUCUUUGUUGUUUUCAUUUAUUUAUCCAUGAUACAGUAUUUCUUCAGCAUCUCACUUAUAAUGCUUGCAAAUAUGGUUUUGUAUUCAAUCAUCUUGCAUAUAGAGUGGAAAGUAUCACCAAACAUCAGGAAAUUUACCAAAUCACCUUUGUACCACCUGAAUGCUGUUCAAAUAAUAAAUCACUCAUGAAGGAGA